AUGUCAUUCUUUAACAAGAUUAUGGAUAGAGCCAAAAACACCAAAGACCAUCAAGGAAAAGAGGACGAGCAACCUCACCACGGUCUACAAACGCCACAUUCGUCUACUUCAUCGUCUGUUCAACAACAGAAAGUUCAAGAGGAGUCCAACCAUUAUGCAACGGGUUAUGUCACACCGAGACAAUCACAAGAUUUACAUCAAAACAUGGAUAUCGAUACACCAGACCAAAUGGCUCAACAACAGAAUGCACAAAAAAACAGAUAUCAACAAUAUGAUACAGCCAUUCUAGAUCAGCGAAAGAAUCGGCCCAAACUUAAACUAGAUGACUUUCACCUUUUACGUACAUUAGGCACAGGUUCUUUUGGUCGAGUUCAUUUAUCACAGUCCAGACACAAUGGUAGAUAUUAUGCUAUCAAGGUUCUUAAAAAAACAGAAGUAGUUCGACUAAAGCAAGUCGAGCACACGAACAAUGAAAAGCACAUUUUGGAAUCUGUUGCUCAUCCAUUUCUUGUCAACUUGUGGGGUACAUUUCAAGAUGAUUCCAAUCUCUAUAUGGUUAUGGAUUAUGUGCCUGGAGGUGAAUUGUUUAGUGUCUUGAGAAAAAGCAAGCGUUUUCCUGAUCACGUGGCUAAAUUUUAUGCGGCCGAAGUGACAUUGGCCAUUGAAUAUCUUCAUAAAAAAGAUAUUGUGUAUCGUGAUUUGAAACCUGAGAACUUAUUGUUGGACAUGAAUGGUCAUAUCAAAAUUACAGAUUUUGGUUUUGCAAAGCUUGUUCCUGAUGUCACUUGGACAUUGUGUGGCACACCUGAUUAUCUCGCACCCGAAGUAAUUCAAUCAAAAGGAUAUAGCAAAGCAGUAGAUUGGUGGAGCUUAGGCGUCUUGAUAUUUGAAAUGUUGGCUGGUUACCCACCUUUUUAUGAUGAUGAUCACUUGAAGUUGUAUGAGAAAAUCUUGCAGGGCAAGGUUCGCUGGCCAGCUUAUUUUGAUCCUCAGGCUAAAGAUUUACUCAAGAAUCUAUUAACAUCUGAUCUAUCUCGUCGCUAUGGUAAUCUUAAAAAUGGAGCAGAUGAUAUCAAACAUCAUGGUUGGUUCCAAGGUGUGGAUUUUGACCGUGUUGCCAAUAGACAAAUUCGAGCACCUUAUAUUCCUCAGAUAAGAGGUGAUGGUGACGCUAGUCAUUUUGAUAGAUAUCCCGAAACAAAUGAACAAUAUGGCCUCCCGGCAGACGAUCCUUAUGGGGAUAAGUUUCCAGACUUUUAAAAAUAAAAAUAAAAAUAAAAAUGGGCAGUUUGAGACAAUAAUAAUUCACCGUCUCCAAGCUAAAAUAUA